GGCGUGGGCUAGUAAUACCUCUGUGACAUCCAACCCAUUCACGAUGAGAGCUCUUCUGGCCAUCUGUAUCCUGGCACUGACCACUCUAGCUGUCCUGGGUCGCACCAUGGACCGUUGCUCGUUGGCUCGCGAGAUGUCCAAUCUGGGCGUUCCUCGUGACCAGUUGGCCAAGUGGACGUGCAUUGCCGAGCACGAGAGUGACUACCGCACCGGAGUGGUGGGUCCUCCCAACUCCGAUGGAUCCAACGACUACGGCAUCUUCCAGAUCAACGACCUCUACUGGUGCCAGCCGCCCAGUGGAAAGUUCUCCCACAACGGCUGCGGUCUGAGUUGCAGCGCCCUGUUGACCGAUGACAUCACUGACUCCGUGAGAUGUGCCCAGAAGGUCCUCAGCCAGCAGGGAUGGCCCGCCUGGUCCACCUGGCACUACUGCAGUGGAGCCCUGCCCCCGAUCGAUGAUUGCUUUAAGUAGAUCAUUCUGAUAAUGCCUGGUAGUCUAUUAACCUGAACAUUGAAAUUUGCAUUUGCCUUAACAAUUAAUGAACACUUUUAUAGCCUUGCACAAUAUUUUCAUUAUAAGCUGUAACGUUGAUUCAUAAUAGACGUAUAUAAAUUAUAUGCCAGGUUGGUGUAAAUGUCAUCUAUACAAUUAAAGAUAAGCAAGAAGUGAGCGGCCUACUUAAACAAUGAUGAACGACAGCGUAAUUAGUCAUUGGUUCUUAUAAAUUAAACCAUAAAGUAUAGAAAGACAAUCACAAAGGCAUUAUUACUUAACAUUCGGAAAUCCCAAUAAAGCAGACGCAUUGCGAAUGUUUUUCU